GGGCUAUUCUUACCUAACAAAUCCUCUGCUACAUAAUUGUAGAGCGGUAAAAGGUGAGUCAUUACUCUGUAAAAUGUUAUGUAAUUCAGGUAACCUCUAAACUUGCAUGCAAUGUAAAUAUGAGAUCUAUAUCUAUGACGCUUAGGAUCACUGGUGCGCUUUCUGUUGCCCAGUUACGGUAAUGGUGCUGAUGAGGGCGAGGAGGAGAUGUGUUCGUUAGAUGCUAUUGUGCUCUGCUGCCAUUUCACCCGUGCAUCUCCACCGAAAUAUCAACUGAGCUGCAUAAAUAAUUCUGUUCUAACUAUCUGAACACAACACAGGUUGGCAUAAUCUUUAAAAAACUAAAAUAAAAACCAAAGAAAGGACCUAAACUAGGCAGGGUAUUUUCUGUUAGCAAUAGGAGAAACCCUGCUUGUCCGGAGAAUCAUCUUUGGAGGAUAAGCAUCGACAUGGGCUUUGCUUUCCACAGGUACUGAGCUCUUUACUUGAUGAUUUGAUUUCAGUGAAACAUGGAGACGAUAUGGCUUUAUCAGUUUCGUCUGAUCGUCAUCGGAGACUCCACGGUCGGUAAGUCGUGUCUGAUCCGGAGGUUCACUGAGGGCCGCUUCGCCCAGGUGUCGGACCCGACCGUGGGUGUCGACUUCUUCUCCCGCCUGGUGGAGAUUGAGCCGGGCAAAAGGAUCAAACUACAGAUCUGGGACACUGCAGGACAGGAGAGGUUCAGGUCCAUCACCAGAGCCUACUACCGUAACUCUGUGGGCGGGCUCUUACUCUUUGACAUCACAAACCGUCGCUCCUUCCAGAACGUCCAUAACUGGCUGGAGGAGGCGCAGAGCCAUGUCCAGCCGCACAGCAUCGUCUUCCUGCUGGUGGGUCACAAGUGUGACCUGGAGGCCCAGCGCCAGGUGACCCAGCAGGAGGCGGAGAAACUGGCGGGGGCCUUCGGGAUGCGCUACGUGGAGACAUCCGCACGAGAAGCCAUUAACGUGGAGAAGGCAUUUGUGGAUCUGACGAGGGACAUCUUCGACCUGGUUCGUAAUGGGGACAUCAAGAUUCAGGAUGGAUGGGAGGGCGUGAAGAGUGGAUUUGUUCCCAACACCAUCCACUCCUCAGAGGAGGUCACCAAGGGCAGCCGGCAGUGCUUCUGCUGAUUGACCUGUCUUUGCAGCAUGAAGGGGGACAGGCGGUAAUACUCGGACUCCAUCAGUAAGAGAUCCCUCUCACCUCGACUGCUAUCAGGCUAGUUUUUUUUCUGGGGGGCUCAUAAAGUUUCCCUGCUCAGUUACAUACUUUACUUCUAUAUAUAAUACAUUGUUUUCUCUUCUGGUGCCUGUUUCUGGCUUUGUCCAAACCUAAGACACUUUGUUGAUGUUCCUAAAAGGCGUAGAAGCACAAGAAACCCCCCCCCCCCCCUUCCCCCUCACUGUUGCGUGUGCAUGUGUAUGUGACUUUAAUAACCCUGCAGCUGUUACCAACACUUCAGCUUUAACACACUUCUUGGCCUUUUCCUGAUGUGUACAGUUAUUCUCCAGUGGCCAGUUAUGUUGUGGCUGCACAUGUCUUUGAGACUGAUGCAUUCAGUGUUGUGUGUUAAUACUCCGAUGUUCAUUUCAAUCUGAAUCAGUGACGCCAAGUCUGAGCCAUGUUUCUUUUGUCAUGCGUCACACUCUGAGUACCGUGCGGUGAAGAGACAGGAAGAGAUUUUCACCGCUUGUGCUGCGCAACGAAUCCAAGUGGCUUUCUGCAUAACACGAGCGAAGGAUGAUGGAAGUGAACGCAAACAGAAGAGGUGUGAAGGUGUUUGUUUGUCUGGCUGUGACCUGCUAACGACUGCUGGAGAAGGAGUUUGCACUGUGAAAAUGUUGAUUUGGUACAUUUGUUUUCUGAAAAGAAAAGUCGACUGUAGCUGCUUACUUAUAGCCAUUCUAAAUCCAUUAUAGCAAGGAUGCUGAUAUUAAUAAGGUAACUACCAAGUUUGUGUUUAGUUUCUGUUCGCGUUACACCAAUAUAUGCCUUUUGUAUGGAAGCCCAAAGUGUCCAAUAUAUAUAUGCUGUUAUCUCAAAAUCACAAGUUAAUAGAUUUUUAAUUGAAAGUUGUCCCAUGGUAUUUGAUUUAUCUUUGGACAUUUUAAUCGAACAGGGAAACGUUUUGAUCUAUGGAUCUUCCUCAGGCCGAGGGAGACGUUGCCCUGUUUAUAUUAAAUUGCCCGUUGCUAGCCGAAGAGUGUGCGGACCUUUCUAUAUUUUCUGCAGUUAGCACUUUUCUGUACGCAUUUUUGCCUGGAUGUGUGCACAAACAUGAUCAUUUAUCACACAAAACGACCUUCUUUUUUUUUUCUCGAUUUCACAACAUACAGUAACUAUGGAGAAUUUUAAAAUGAAUGUCUGGUUCA